AUGGUCCUGUUGCAGUCCCACUCCUUCACCACCCUCAAAACUGUUACUUCUAUGCCCAGCAUCGAUUGUCGCAACGCUGAUUUUUAUACUGCUAUUAUCAUUAAUUGUAACCUAUCAUCUGGUCAGAGUGGUACAGCCACACCAUCCAUUUGCAAAGCUGAUCGAGUAGCUCUGAGGAAAGGUUACGAGAAAGUGCACCAGGAUCGGUUGCUGUACUUGAAGACAUGGACAGUUAUGUGCUUGCCACUGAAUUGGGAAACAAAGUGGAUGGAGGGACUGCCAUGUCUGUCAAAUGUGAAGCCAGUUUCACUGCAAGUGUUUGCUCAUAAAAAAGAAAAACAAGUUCUGUAUUCAUUUUUGCCCCUCUUUCCAGGUAUUGGAUGGGGUUAUGGUCAGCCGCAGCAGCCGCUGCUUGAACAGCAGCCGCAGCAGCCGCUGCUUGAACAGCAGCCGCAGCAGCCGCUGCUUGAACAGCAGCCGCAGCAGCCGCUAGAGCAGCAGCCGCUACAGCAGCAGCCGCUUCUGCAGCAGAGCAGCAGCAAGCUCCCUCCGCGAGCAAGCGAGGUGUCAUCAGUCAGCAGUGUUAGUGAAGCAAAGAAAAGCUCAGAGAUUAGUGCAGUGCCGAAUUUAAAGGCUGCAAAAGCUGCAAUAGCAGCAAGGGAAAGUAUUACCAUAAGCUCGGAGUCUGAGCUGGAUGAUUGCGAUUUUCUCGAGACAAAUAGCAACCUUGUUUCAAAAGAAACUGGCCAGGCAAAUCCAAAUAAAAAGAAGAAGGUUGCAGAGAAAAAUUCUGCUGGCAAGCCUGUUGGUGCCAGAGGGCGCCCACAGCACUCGAAAAAUAAAACUGUUCCAAAAAACGCUUUGGUGCAGAGAAUAAAAGAGCUGACUGCCAAGGGCUCAGCGUCAGUCAUUAAUACUGAUAGUGUGUCAGAACCAAGUGCGAGGAAUCUCCGGUCAAGAGCCAAUAAGUCUGACACUUCAUCUUGGUGGGACACAAACUCCUCAGAUCUGUGUUCUUCCAAUGUUGACAUUGGUUUUGACUUCACACCAAAGAAGCCACUUGAUCCAGAGAUGCUGGAGAAAAUGGAGGCCUGCAUUGUCAAGACCAACGCAACAUGGGAGGACGUGAUUGGUCUGCCCACUGUAAAGCAGCGCUUGAGAGAAGCAGCUGUUCUUCCCAUAUUGAGGCCUGAUCUUUUUGUUGGGUUUAGGGCAGCCUCUAAAGGUGUGCUCUUGUAUGGACCACCUGGCACAGGGAAGACCAUGUUAGCAAAGUGUGCUGCAUCCUCAGGAAACUGUACAUUUUUCUCUCUUACCUCAUCUGACAUAAUGUCUAAAUGGUUAGGUGAGGCAGAAAAAUGCAUCGCAACUUUGUUCCAUCUUGCUCGGCAAAAGCAACCGUCCAUCAUUUUCAUUGAUGAAAUUGAUUCCUUGUUGACUACCAGAGGGCAGGGAGAACAUGACAGUAUCAGGCGGAUUAAAACAGAGUUCUUAGCUCAAUGGGAUGGGCUUUCAAAUGAGAAGGAUGCCCAAAUAAUGGUGCUAGGUGCAACAAACCGACCUAUGGACUUGGAUCAGGCAGCCAUGCGCCGGUUUGGGCAACACCUCUACGUGCCCUUACCUGACCUAGCGGCUCGAAAAGCUAUGUUUGAAAGAUUUGCCAACAGCAAAGACAUUAAAGUAAACCUUAGUCAUGGGGACAUCAGUCAUUUGGGUCUAAAGUCAUCCCAAUAUUCUGCUGCAGACAUAGCCAAUGUCAUAAAAGAUGCCUGCAUGGCACCUUUGAGAGAGCUGUCUUUUGAGCAUGUCAAGACAGUUUUAUGUGAUGAGCUUAGACCUGUGUGCAAACAGGAUCUGGAUGAAUCCUUAAAAAUCAUAAAGGCGACAUGCCAACCUGAGAGUAUUCAGGAAAUUGAGGCUUGGAGCAGACGGUAAACAACAUCAUCGAUAUGCAUUAAAUGAAGGGUCUUGCUUCCUGAAUAAGCUCCCUAUUUGAUGAUACAAAUAAAUGAUUUGAUUUGAUAUUCUAAAAAUAAAUAUUCUUAAAGAUAAAUACACAAAGAAAUACAACUUUUUAAUUGUCUUUCCUCUCCUUGACAAUGAGAAGUGUCACAGGAACCAGCAAUUAAAAUAAGUAUAAAAUUGAGAUCUACCAAUGGCAUUCAUUAAAAGUAAGGAAAGCACAACCAGAUUCAACCAGCAAUUAAAAUAAAUAUAAAAUUGAGAUCUACCAAUGGCAUUCAUUUAGAGUAAGGAAAGCACAUUACAGUUGAUCCAGGAAGCGGAAGAAGGGAAUAAUUCGACUUAUCUCCAAAUUGAGUUUUUAUCUUAUUAUUUUGCCUCUGGAUGGUUUGCAUCAUUACACCAAAUUGUUUCACCGAAUUCUUAAUAGUUUAGG